AUGGUUUCCUUGGCCUCUCUCGCGCCGGAGCUCCUUCUCCUCCUCGCAGAUCGCCUUCACAAUAUUGAGGAUUACUCUGCCCUCUCAUCGACAUGCACAUACCUCCGCACCACUCUCCAGUCCGUGACCCCAAACAUCAUCCUGCGACUCGCCAAUAACCAGUCGCGCGUCUUCUUCCGUCCGUCUCCCGAGUUCCUCGCGGCCGCCACGGCUCGCCAAUUGGGAGAAUGGGCCCGUCUCGACCCCGCCAACGAGGCAGCCUUGGCGCUCGCCUUCCAAAACGGCCCGGCCGGCAUGCUUGAUCUCGCCCUGCUUCACUGCGGCCUCACAAUGUCCCGCAUUCGCCAGCUGCACGCCCUGCGCUUCUCCGUCAUCAACCCCGUCACGGACAUCAUCGACCAGUGCGUCGGCCAGCAGUGGUACUCCACGCCCGACUUCUGGUACGGGGGCGUGGACGACGCCUACACCAUCGACGCGGACCCGAACAGCACCUUCUUCCACCUCGCCAUCUACGGCGAGCUCUUCGCCCCGGACCUGGCUGCCUAUCUGGACGGGGACGCGACCCAUCGUGCCCUGAGUGUCGAGACGCGCCUGGAGUAUAUCAAGUACUGCGUCCCGGACUUCGCUUGUGAGUUGCAGGGUAGGAUCAACCCCCGGGACGCCCGUCUCCCCAACGGUGAGCUGGACCCCCGCAGGGACGUCAAGCCCGUGGGGCCGUACACCAGAGACGAGAAGAACAUUGGCUACCUGGAUCCCCCCAAGGACAACAACAUCGCGCUGGUCUGGGUCCUCCGAAGCACGAGGUGGAGACCGCACUGGAGGAGUCUCCGCCAGAGGGCGGCGGAGGACUUCCAGGACGGGUUCGAGGACGAGUGGUGGCUCGACGGCGGGGAGGGGAGGGACUGGAGGCAGCGGCUGUGGGAGAACACCAUGGUCUGCCAGGGGCUCGAGGGGCUGGGGAUGAUACGGCCCGAGAUGCAGGACGGGUGGCUGGAGAGGAUCCGGGCUUGGAAGGCCAAGAUUGCGGCCUUGGAUAGGACGCCGGGCGAGAUCAAGGUCGGGAGGCAUACCACGUAUGAUUAUCCGUUCCUUCUGGGGGAUUUGCGGAUUUGUGCCAGUGGGUUUGUUGGGGGUUCCUAA